GUCUCUCCACCUCCAUUAUCAGCUACGUACAGAAUAAAAUUAAAGCACACAAGAAAACUAAAAGAAAACCAUUCAUGGCUUCCCUACAAACUUCAGGUCUUCUAUUCUCUUCCUCAUCAAGUACUACUUCUUCAAAAAGAAUCAAUGCUGCUAUUUCUGUCCCUAAACUUCCUAAAAUCCGUUUCCCACUACCUAGAAAUUCGAUUAAGGAAAUGAUUUUAAGAGGUUCCUUCUCAAACACCGUCCCAUUAGAAAAGAAUGCCGAGACCACAACAAUAGAUGAACCUUUCAUCAAUUCCACUGCUGCUUCUGCUAAGGAAAUUUCCCAGCUUUAUGCCAUCUUAGAGACUGUUGCUGAUAGGGCUGAGAUGCAUAAAAACGUUGGUGAGCAACGUGACAAUUGGAAUAAACUUCUUUUGAACUCCAUUAACAUGAUCACUCUCACAGCUACAACCAUGGCUGGUGUUGCAGCAACUGGUGGGGCAGGAGCUCCUCUUUUGGCAUUGAGGCUGUCGUCAACACUCUUGUUCACUGCAGCCACAGGCAUGUUAUUUAUAAUGAACAAAAUACAGCCCUCACAGCUUGCAGAAGAGCAACGUAAUGCUACAAAAUUGUUUAGGCAGCUUCAGAGCCAAAUACAAACGACACUUGAUCUUUAUGAUCCUGCUGAGUUGGACGUGAAGGAUGCAAUGGACAAUUUAUUGGCUCUUGACAAAGCUUACCCACUUCCUUUGCUGGGGAAAGUGAUUGAAAAGUUUCCUGCAAAAUUUGAGCCUGCUGUUUGGUGGCCCAGAUCUCAUGACUUACAAACAAAAAGCAAAAGACCUGGAAAGAAUGAAUGGAGUGAGGAGCUGGAAGCGGAGAUGAGGGAGGUUAUUGAAGUGAUAAAAGGAAAAGAUACAGAAGAUUAUAUGAGGCUAGGAAACUUGGCACUGAAGAUAAACAAGAUUUUAGCCAUCUCAGGUCCAUUGCUCACAGGCAUUGCAGCUGCUGGGUCUGCAUUUGUGGGUAACGGUUCUUGGGCAGCAAUAGUUGCAGUGGCUGCAGGUGCAUUAGCUGCCACAGUUAAUACAUUUGAGCAUGCCUGCCAGGUUGGUAUGGUGGUUGAAAUGUACAGAAACUGCGCUGGAUUCUUCUCACUUAUGGAGGAAUCAAUUGAGUCUGCACUAGAGGAAACAGAAUUGGAGAGAAGAGAAGAUGGAGAAAUGUUUGAAAUGAAGGUGGCUUUACAGCUUGGAAGAAGCUUAUCAGAGCUUAGAGAACUUGCCCAAAAUUCUUCAUCUUCUCGUAUAUACGGAAUCGAAGUAGAUGAAUUCGCUAGCAAACUCUUUUGAUGUUCAUAAUUUUUUUUUGUCCAUGUUUAUAAUCUAAUUAGUUCAUUCUUUUUUAUGAAAACUUCUUUUUGUAUAUAUCUUCUGAGAGGGAAAUGUAUUCUAUUAAUACUCUGGAAUCUGUUUAUUCUUCAUGCCCACAGAAGAGCGUUUCUUGUUUAUUCUUAGCUUAGUUCUUGCUCUCAAUUAAUUUUAUACAAA